AUGGGGAUAAACGGACUCCUGAAAAGUCUAGAGCAGCUCCAGCGGCCCAUUUGCCAAGAUCUUUCCGAGUACAGGGAUAAGCGUAUAGCCGUGGACACGUAUGUAUGGUUGCAUCGAGGUCUUCAAGCUGGCAAUGCUGCUAUGGACGUCGUCACGGGGAAGCCCACCAGUCUGCAUCUCAACUAUUGUGUUCGGCGACUGGAAGUGCUCCUGUCCGCGGGAGUCGCUGAAGUCGUUUUAGUCUUCGAUGGGUGCCCUUUGCCUGCUAAGCUCGGUGUUGAAGACGAGCGACAAAAGCGUCGCCAAGAAGCACGAGAGCUGGGUUUAGAGUAUCGGAAAGCUGGCAACCAUGCAGCUGCCCGUAAGAUGUUCACGCGUGCAGCAGACGUUACACCGGACAUGGCAGCAGAGCUCAUCUCGCUGAUCAGAGGUCGAAAGUUCGGCCCUCGAGUUCGCUGGAUUAUUGCACCUUAUGAAGCCGACGCCCAGCUCGCGUACCUUGCUUUGAAUGGGCUCGUCGAUGCUGUGAUAUCCGAAGACUCUGACCUCCUGCCCUUUGGCUGCCCCCAUGUUAUUUAUAAAUUGGAUCUCGUCGCCGGUUCUGGACCCGUGGUAUGUGAGGGCAAUCCCGAUUUCCUUCGAACUUUGAUUUCAUUUCCUCAAGAUUCAUUCCUACACUACUGCGUCCUCGCAGGCUGUGACUAUCUACCCUCAGUAACCGGCAUGGGGCCUAAGAAGGCGUACGGCUUCGUGUUGCGGGGUGGUCCCAGCAUUAGUCGAAUCAUGAACCUUGCCCAAAUUGCCGGCCUGGAGUUCCCCGAGGGCUACGCCGAUAUGUUCGAGCGUGCUCUACUCACUUUUCGACAUCAAACCGUUUGGUGUCCUUCGAGUCGUAGGCUUCGGCCGCUCCUCGAUGUAGACGAGGAUAUGCACUAUGCUGCGGAGCUACGGCAGUUCUGGGGGAAGUAUCAGUUCGAUUCGCCGAAGUAG